ACACACAUAACGCCACAGAGCUGCACGCCACAGACACAGAGACGAUAAUCAUGGGGAAGACCGGUGGAAGAGGCGACUUUGAAUGGGUCUACAAUGAUCAGCCGCAUACCUCAAGGAGAAAAGAAAUUCUGGCAAAAUAUCCAGAGAUCAAGUCUCUGAUGGGUCCAGACCCCCAGCUGAAGUGGGUGGUAUCAGGCAUGGUCUUGACACAGCUCUUGGCCUGCUACCUGGUCCAUGACCUAUCCUGGAAGUGGAUCUUCUUCUGGGCUUAUGCCUUUGGAGGCUGCAUUAACCAUUCUCUGACGCUGGCUAUCCACGACAUCUCUCACAACGUGGCCUUUGGCAACAAGCUGGCAAAAUGGAACCGCUGGUUUGCCAUGUGGGCCAACCUGCCCAUUGGAUUGCCUUAUUCUGCCUCCUUUAAGAAAUAUCACAUUGACCACCAUCGGUAUCUGGGAGGUGAUCAGCUGGAUGUUGACAUCCCUACGGACACUGAGGGAUGGUUCUUCUGCACCCCGGCCAGGAAGGUCCUCUGGCUCUUCCUCCAGCCCUUCUUCUACGCCCUUCGCCCAUUGGUGGUCAAUCCUAAACCAGUGGGUCAGCUGGAGAUCCUUAACGCAGUUGUUCAGCUCACAGCAGACUUAAUUAUCUACUAUCUAUGGGGGCUAAAGCCCAUUGUUUACCUUAUUGCAGGCUCUAUCCUGUGUAUGGGACUGCAUCCUAUCUCUGGACAUUUCAUCGCUGAGCAUUACAUGUUUCUGAAAGGACACGAGACAUAUUCUUACUAUGGACCGCUGAACAUGAUCACCUUCAAUGUUGGGUAUCAUAUGGAGCACCAUGACUUCCCGAGCAUACCUGGCAGUAAACUACCUCAGGUCAAGAAAAUUGCAGCAGAGUACUACGAGUCCCUGCCUCAACACACUUCCUGGAUCAGGGUAUUAUGGGACUUUGUGUUCGACGACAGCAUCGGCCCCUACGCCAGAAUAAAACGAGAGUACAAGCUAAAAAAGCAGGGAUAGAUCUGUGGGAAUGUGAAUUUCAGUUCAAAAAUCUAAGGACCACUAUAAAACAUCAUUACAUUCACCUGUUUAAAUUUUUUGUCGUCCCAUGUAUUGUGUGGUUUUCACUGUGCCUUAAGGUCCUAACAUCUAAAAGUAGACCUGUGCUUCAGUAACUAUAGGACAAAUAAAUGUGCAUAUUUCAGUUACAUACAUUUAGUUCAUGGAAAUGGGGAGAGAAUACAGCUAUUGUGUCUUUACCCCACUAUUUAUUCACGCCUCUAUUCCUGCUAUAAAGAGAUGGCCCGUCAUUAUGAUACAGUGAUGACAUUUCCUUGUAUCCAGAAGGCACAGAGAAGGGCAAAAUAAUAAGCUAUUUCAACAGAUUAAAAAAAUUCCUCAUUUCUGUAGGAUAAAGGUCACAUACAUUCUCAUGAGGUUUUACAGAGACAAACUCUGGGGUUCCCUUUACCUGCAUACAAGCAUUACAUCCCUUGAACCUUAUGAAUAUGAGUACGAGGCACACGCAGCCUCUCAGAUUACCUAAUAUAAUUCAUGCAGAACAGUGCUGAAGUGGAAAAUGAGCAUUGAAACUUACCUUUCAGUAAGAGGAGCCUUUUCUUCAGUGACGCCCCAUUCUGCUUGUUCGCAGCUCCAUCGUGUUGUAAACUGUUUUAAUUAAAUCUGCAAGCAGAGGACAAAAUAAACACCUUAUCAUGCAAAAAGGUAGUUAUUAAGAAAAUUCUAUCUGAGUCUCAAAAUGUUUGCGUUUUUUGGAAACUGUCAGGGUUGCUGGAUUAAUUCUUAUUGCUCAGCAUGUCUCUUUCAGUCAGUGUUAGUCGUCUUGUAACCACUGUUCCUCCACAAACUACAGCAAAUCAACUCUUCUGACUCAUGAACUACAUAUUUAAAAGUAAAUAUAACAAGCUUUAUAAAAUAAGUAUUUACUGUAGAGCUGCUGUAAUGUGUAUUUUGUCCACACACUUGUAUGUACAAGAUAAUCUAUGUUUGAUUGAUAAGCAUAAUCUUUGUUGUUUCUAUUUAAAUGACUGUACUAAAAGCAGUAAAUGACAUAAGAAGUUA